UCAAAGCACCAGCAGACAAAAUGAUGGCAACAUCAGCUCCUGUUUGGAAGAUUCUUCGUGUCUGCCCGGCAGACCCCCUCACUCUCUCUCACCCACAGGCUAACCACAGCCAAUCACAGGGGUGCAGGGGGGAGGUGUCAGAGGAGAGUCAGCACUUAAUUGGUGAUGGUCUCACUGACUGGAUGACGGAAGAAGUGGAUUUCUCCUCGUACCUCCCGAACCCUCCUUCCCCUCCCUCCUCCACCAAUGCCUCCCUUCCCCCUUCACCCCUUCAGAAUGAUAUCCAGGUGCCCUCUGACUUGGAGGUCAUGACCUCUCUGCUGCAAGAGGAACUCGCCCAACUAGAGGACUACUUCCUGUCUGAGCCACUGCCAGAGAAAGGACCGAGGUUAGGAAAAUGCGACAGGGGUGCACUGCCGGUGGGUCCUCAGCCUUUCAGUCAGCUGCCAUACGCAUCAUACUCUACAUCCAACCAAUCGGAAUCCAGCCCACUUCUUGUUACCCUGGCAACCGGAGAACUGGACUUGCUGAGUAUCUGUGGUGGGCCCAUUGGGCGAUCCAAAAUUCCAAGACACGCCCCGUACAGCUGCAGUCGCCCCAGUGGGUGUGGUAGGAAAAGAGUUCCUGAUGGUGUGAGGGUCAGCGAAGGCUAUGAUAGCAGUUUGUUGGGCUCCAAAGGAAAUAACUCAGGUAACUCAGCCGUGACCCUCACAGGCAACUACGGCUGUGUAGAAGAAGAACAGCUGGUAGGGAAAAGCUACUGUCUGGGCAGCGCAGUUGAGGUCAGAAGAUGUUCCGUUUUACCAAAAGAAGAGAAAAAUUGCUGUUUCAGUCAAGAUGCCAUAGGUGGUGCAAAGGGUAUAGGUGUUGGAUUUGGUUUUGGUGGAUCACUUGAUGCCCCACAUAAGAAAGAGGAUCUGUUGAUGUAUAGCAUGAGAGAGGUCAGCGGAGGCGCUGGUAGCAGUGAGGUGCUCAACAGUAUCAAAACUAAUGUGGAGGUGACAAAAGCCACGGUUUCUUGGAAGACCCAGAGCAAUGAAAGUUGUUAUCUUCCAGCAACACCACAGUCUGAGGCCUACCAUAGCUUCUUAGGCAACAUCAACGAACACGUCAAAGCGGAAAGUCUACAGAUAGGGCAACAUGAUUUACACUGUAAUUUCCUUGAAGAUCAGGGUCCAGAGUGUCUUUUAAUGGCUAGGGAGAGUCUGAACUUGGAGUCUUCAGGGCACAGACAAGCAUGCAGGUUGAAGGAGGACCACUGUGCUAUGAAAUUCGAAGAGGACAUCAUUCCAGCAGAAGGCGGGGGGGAGCGAAAACAGAAAAAGAGAGAUCAGAACAAAACUGCCGCUCACAGGUAUCGCCAGCGAAAAAGGGCAGAGCUCGAUACUUUGGAGGAACAGUUGCAUUGCCUUGAAGGGAGGAACCGAGAGCUCCGGGACAAGGCAGAGUCUGUAGAACGUGAAAUCCAGUAUGUCAAAGACCUGCUGAUUGAAGUUUACAAGGCCCGUAGCCAAAGGCUCAAGCAGGACACGACAGCUUAACACCAAACUCCUGCAAGUACAUUUAAAGAGGGAAUAACAGGGAAAUUGUGGAGCUUUUUGUGUCUUUAUGAUUGUCCAAAAUUGAAUGUUUAAAUUUUGUUUCAUGGCGGGCGGGGUAAAUGCAUGCUUUGCUAAUGUGAAUUAUUUUUUACAUUUUAAAUCAACACUCUAUCCAAUGCUUCCAUUGCUUUCGCACUCGAAUCACUUGAGCCUGCACUGUGGCAUUGUAAUGCUUUAAAUGACAAUCAUUUUUAAUAGAUCUCACACUGCGUGAAUCUACUAAUUGAAAUAGGGUUAUUUCUGAAGAAGUAAUGUUAUUCAUUAUGCAGGUUUAAUAUUUUGAAUAGCCUUACAUUCGAAUUGAUGUCAGCAAUAGAACUUUUUUUUUAAUUUAAAAUGUUUAUUUGCAGUAACUGUAUCACUCUUUUUAAUGUAUGAAGUAGUCAAAUACUGUAUGUUGUGUUAACGGGUGAAACAGCAUCAUUUCAUUUUGAACACAUCUUUCAAUCCAAAUACUUUUAUAGAAUAAUUUCUAACCUCCCUUGAACAGCACGAUAUUUCAGUUGCUAUGAAUAUUUUAAAAUAUUGGAAUUGUUGUUGAAUAUGUAUUGAUUUUUACAAUUGUGGAAAGAACCGUUAAUAGCGACAGAGAGAAAAAUAACUUUUUGUUAAUUUUUUAAAAUCAUUUUAAUAGUGUUGGUGUUUUUUGACAAAGCAUUUAAUUGACUUCAGGUUUAUUGAAACCCAAAAUAUUUAUUACUUAGUGGAAUUUGUAUGUUUUUAGUACACAAUACACACAACCCUUUUUCUUUUGGAUAAAGCACAAAUGUCUACAUUUUCACUUUAGUAGCAUUACAUUCUCUACUGUAUUUGUUUUAUUUUCCUCAUACAUUACUUUCUAAUGUAACAAUCAAUUUUUCCUUCAGCAGCAGUUGCAAAUAAUGUCCAAAAAAAUCUAGAUUCUGUCACCAAAAUAGAGCUGAUUUAUCUCAAAUCGUAUGUGGAAAUAUUUUAUUAUGUUUGUGGCAAUAUUUUUCACUUGCAUAUUGCAAAUGAUACAAUCUAUUUUGCAGCUCAGGAUAUGCAAUAUGUCCUCCAGAUGAUUCAUAGCAGGAGACCACAAACUUCUGACCUUCAUAAAGAUUCACUGACAUGCAAGUUUUCCUUUGUAAAAAGAAAAAAAAAGUUUUUUUCUUAUGAACAAAUAUUGUAAUCUGUAGAGUUUAGCAGCUUCCCUCUGCAUGUCUUUCCAUAAAUGUUCUCUCUCUCUCUCUGGAGUAGAAAAAUUAGGAUUUCAGAUACAAGUCUUUCUCUAUCUGCUUGUUAAGGCAAUACGUUUUAUAGGCCUCUGGCUGAUCUGCACUAAUUUGUAAAAACUUUUGUAUGUUCAGGGAGUGGAGUGUGAUAGCCUUUUCUUUGUAGAAAAUUGACUGAAAAAAAUCUCAUUAGAUUAUUGGUUCAAGCUUUUGCUGUUAGCUUUGACGUGAGAAAAAAUAUUUUCCAAUUCAUUUGUUGCAAAGCAAAUACUACUGUCACUGUUAAAAUGCCUACAGUCUACUGAGGAUCAUUUUUUCUAUGGAUAUUUAUUUUAAGACAAUCUUGAAUAUGAGCGCUGAUUUACAGGAAUUGAUUUAUAUUGUUUAGACUCUUGUUUGCCCCCCCUGCGGUGUACUAUCAACUCUGGCUGUUUAAACCAAAAAAUGUUUAAUGACAGCAUCAUUUUAAAUAAUCUGAACUCGCAUUAUAACGUUUUGUAAUUUCAGUUUCAUUUAAUCACCGGCGUAUUGCCUUUGUGUG